AUGUUUUUGCAUCAUGUAGUUACCAUUUGCAGGCUGCCAUUACCAUCGCUUCCCCGUUUUUCAAUCCUACCACAACUUAUAAAGGAAGCCAUUCCAAUUGCAGUUGUUACCAUUGCAGUUCAUAUUUCAAUGGCGAAAUUGUUGGCUAAACAGAACAACUACACUAUAGAUGGUAAACAGGAGCUGUAUGCUUUGGGAUUCACCUCAACCAUUUCCAGCUUUUUCCCUGUUUAUCCAAGUUCAUGUUCAUUGGCUAGAACUAUGGUCAACGCUUCCGCCGGAACAAGAACUCAGGUGGAUUAUAUUUUUGGUUCUCAUAUAAAUUUCAUUGUUCCUCCAUUUCGUUGUAGAAUUUUUGAUUUCUUUAUCACACUAUAUCUUGAUUACUUUUAG